CACACACACGUGUCUGAUCUUCAGUCUGAUAGUGAGAGAAACUGAUGCAGAAGCUCCAGAGCAGUUCAUCUUCAACUAUAGAAAAGGAGGAAGUUUUUCAUCUCUUUAGUUUCAGUUUAACUUUCAUUACUUUCUUCCUCUCCUCCAACAUCUCAGUGAUCAGAGAGUCAGGAUUCAGGAGCUCAGUAUUAUUAUAAAGUGAUGAACAGAAGAAAGAAGAAUAGAUAGAAAAUACAAGCAGAAUGUUUACUGAUAUUUUGUGAUUUCAGUAUUUUAAAUGUUUUAUUUUGUCUCCUCCAGUUGAUACAGUCUUCAUUCAGCAGAGGGACAGAAAAUGGACAGAAGAGGAGAGAAUAAAAAUGGAGGAAUCUGCUCUGCUGACCGAAUUAAAGGAGGAGAGGUUUCCUGGUCCUGUACUGAAGAACUUAAUGAGUUUAAUAGAAGAACAGAAAUCACAGGAGGAGCAGCUGAAGAAAACUGAGACUGAACUGGAGAACACAGCCAAACAAACAGACAGUAAAAAAGAAGAUGCAGAGAGAGAGAGCAUCACAGAGAUCAGAGAGAAGAUCAGAGAGAUGCAGGAAAGAAGAGUUAAAGAAAGACUGGAGAUGAGACAAAGAGAGGAAGACGAGAUCAGAGAAAAAAUAAAGACUGUUGUUGAAACUUCACGGAGCUCAGAGAAAGCAGUUCUGAAGGUAAAGGAGAUAGAGCAGCACAAAAAACAAAAACAUGAAUAUGAGCAAAAGUUAUCAGAGGAGAAAAAUGAAGAGAAGAGGAGAGAACUGGAGAGAGACGUGAAGAGAGAAGAUGAGCAGAUGAAGGAAUCAGAACAGGAGCUGAAACAGCUGCAGGAGAAGAGGAGGAGGAUGAUGAUGGAACUCAGACUGGAGAUGGAGAACAGAGAAAAGAGAGCAAUGGAGGAAGAUACUCUACUCAUAAAGAGCGUCCUACCAGAGUUUAAGCAGAGUGUUCAGACUGUUGUAACCCAGAAACUGAAAGAGUCUGAGAGAAAGAUGGAUGAAAAAGACAGAGAGUUAGAAGCACUGAAACAGAAGCUCUCAGAGACGGAGAAAGAUAAAGAAAAGCAGCUGGAGGAGAGAAAUAAAGAACUUAAAGAAAAGAACACUGCAUUAGAGGAACAAAGGAAGACCAUAGACAAGCAGAAAAAAACUAUAGAGGAGAAGAAUGAACUGCUGCAGGAGAAAGAGAGAGUACUGACAGAAAAUAUAAAAACAGUGGAGGUGAAGGACAGAGAACUGGAGGAAAAGGAGAAACUUCUCACAGAAUUAAAGGAUGAACUCACACAAAGAACAAAGAAAUUAGAGGAGGAGCUUAAAUUACAAAAGGAAGAAAUGGAGAAAAGUCUUUUGAAGAAAAAUGAAGAAUUAAUUUAUAUAAAAGAACAAUUGAAGGAUAAAGAUUUAAAACUGAAAGAGAACGAGGUGAUCAUUAAAGAACAUUUAGAGAGUAUCAGUACGAGAGAUCUGACUUUAAAAAACACAAAUGAAAGAUUAGAAAGUGUUACUAAAGAGCUUCAGGAGAAAAACACACAGCUGGAGAAAAACAACAAACUGCUGAGAGAGAAAAGGAGAGAACUGGAGAAGAAAGAGAAAGAGGUAGAAAGCAGUAAAGAAAAGCUGGAGACACUGGGAAAGGAGCUGCAGGAGAAAGAGAGAGAACUGAAGAAGAAAGAGAAAGAGGUAGAAAGCAGUAAAGAACAGAUUGAGACACUGAGAAAGGAGCUGCAGGAGAAAGAGAGAGUACUGAGAGAAAAUAUAAAAACAGUGGAGAUAAAGGACAAAGAACUGGUGGAAAAGGAGAAACUUAUCACAGAAUUAAAGGAUGAACUCACACAAAGAACAAAGAAAUUAGAGGAGGAGCUUAAAUUACAAAAGGAAGAAAUGGAGAAAAGUCUUCUGGAGAAAAAUGAAGAAUUAAAUGAUAUAAAAGAACAAGUGAAGGAUAAAGAUAAAAAACUGAAAGAGAACGAGGUGAUCAUUAAAGAACAUUUAGAGAGUAUCAGUACGAGAGAUCUGACUUUAAAAAACACAAAUGAAAGAUUAGAAAGUGUUACUAAAGAGCUUCAGGAGAAAAACACACAGCUGGAGAAAAACAACAAACUGCUGAGAGAGAAAGAGAGAGAACUGGAGAAGAAAGAGAAAGAGGUAGAAAGCAGUAAAGAGCAGCUGGGGACACUGAGAAAGGAGCUGCAGGAGAAAGAGAGAAUACUGAGAGAAAAUAUAAAAACAGUGGAGAUGAAGGACAAAGAACUGGAGGAAAAGGAGAAACUUCUCACAGAAUUAAAGGAUGAACUCACACAAAGAACAAAGAAAUUAGAGGAGGAGCUUAAAUUACAAAAAGAAGAAAUGGAGAAAAGUCUUAUGAAGAAAAAUGAAGAAUUAAAUGAUAAAAAAGAACAAGUGAAGGAUAAAGAUAUUAAACUGAAAGAGAACGAGGUGAUCAUUAAAGAACAUUUAGAGAGUAUCAGUACGAGAGAUCUGACUUUAAAAAACACAAAUGAAAGAUUAGAAAGUGUUACUAAAGAGCUUCAGGAGAAAAACACACAGCUGGAGAAAAACAACAACCUGCUGAGAGAGAAAGAGAGAGAACUGGAGAAGAAAGAGAGAGAGGUGGAAAGCAGUAAAGAACAGCUGGAGACACUGAGAAAGGAGCUGCAGGAGAAAGAGAGAGUACUGGAGAAGAAAGAGAAAGAGGUAGAAAGCAGUAAAGAACAGCUGGAGACACUGAGAAAGGAGCUGCAGGAGAAAGAGAGAGAACUGAAGAAGAAAGAGAGAGAGGUGGAAAGCAGUAAAGAACAGCUGGAGACACUGGGAAAGGAGCUGCAGGAGAAAGAGAGAGAACUGGAGAAGAAAGAGAAAGAGGUAGAAAGCAGUAAAGAACAGAUGGAGACACUGGGAAAGGAGCUGCAGGACAAGAGCAGUGAACUACAGGAGAUGAUGAUCCUACUGGAGCAACAGAAAACUGAACUGAGAGAAAAAGAUAAACAGAUUGAAGAGAAGGAGAGACUUCUAAGAGAGAGAGACACACAGCUAAUGGAGAGAGAGAAACAGGUGGGGGAGAAAGACAGACUUCUAGAGGAGAGAAACAAGCAGCUGCAGGAAAGAACAGAUUCAGACCCAUCAGCUCCAGUCAGGAGAAGAAACAGCAUGGAGCUGAUUCCUCCAACCAUGAGUGGAGAGACUCCAGAUUCAGCAGCAUCACUCAGGAGAAGAAGCAGUCUGGAGGAACUUCCUCCAACAAUGAGUGGAGAACGGUGUAGUGCAGUCUCUCCAGCAUCAGGUCCUGCAGCAGAACUCAGACUGGUGCUGCUGGGGAGGACUGGAUGUGGGAAGAGUGCAGCAGGAAACUCCAUCCUGGGCAGAGAGGAGAGGAGCCAGGCUGGAGCUUCUACAGUGAGGCAGCAGAGUGAGAGCAGACAGGGGGAGGUGGCUGGGAGGCAGGUGACUGUGGUGGAAACUCCUGACUGCUUCUGUCCUGGACUCUCUCUGGAGGAGCUGAGACAGAACGUGGAGCACUGUGUCCGUCUGUCUGCUCCAGGACCACACGCCUUCCUCCUAGUCCUACCAGUGAAGCAGUCUACAGGAGAGGAGAGAGGGAUGCUGGAGAAAAUGGAGGAGAUGUUUGGAGAGAGAUGUUGGAGGAACACCAUGAUCCUCUUCACUGUUACUGAUGAAGUUCAGGAGAAGAACAUUGAAGAGUUUAUCCAAUCAGGAAACCAGGAGGUCCAGAGACUUGUGGAGAAAUGUGGGAACAGGUUUCACUGUCUCAACAUUAAGGAGAGUGGAGAUGAUUCUCAGAUCUCAGAGCUGCUGGAGAAGAUGGAGAAGAUGGUGGAAGAAAACAGAGAGAAAUUCUACAGCAGUGAGAUCUACCUGGAGACACAAUCUCAGAUCAGAGCAAUGGAGACAAAGAUCAUUAGAGAAAGAGAAGAGAAGAGGAUGAUGGAAGAGAAAGAGAUCAAAGAAAAACUAGAAAACGAGAUGAAGAACUCUCUGAGAAAGAUAGAGGGAACUGUACAAGAACACGAAGGAGAGAUAAAGCAACUUAACGACCGAACAACAGAACUAGAAAGAAGGAUGAAAGAAGAGAGGGAUGAAGAGAAAAGGAGAGAACUGAAACGAGAGCUAGAAAGAGAGUUAGCGAGAAGAACAGAGAUGGAGGAAAAGGUGAAGAUACUAAAAGAAAAGAGAGUAAAGGAGAAGAGAGAGAUGGAGGAGAGACACAGACAGGAGAUGGAGGAGAUCAGGGAGACGUAUGAAGGAGAAGCCAGAAUUGAGGCGGAGAGAAACCUGAUGAAGAUCAUCCUGCCUGAACUCCAGAAAAACAUUCUGCUCUCAAAGUUAAAGAUGCAGGAAGAGUUCAGCAGACAGAUGGAGGAGAAGAAUGAAGAGAUGCAGAAACUGAAGAAAAGAGUUUUAGAACUCAGUGAAACUCAUUCACUCAGGAAGGAGGUUUACCAGACAGCUGUGAUGAGAAUUGCAGAGACAGAAAGAAGAGGCGCAGCAUCAGAAAAAGAACAUGAAGAAGGAGAGGCUGGAGGAGUGCUGAAGUGGCUCUUUAGAAAAAAGGAUCAGAGUGAAAAAUCAGGUGGAGGAGUUGUGGAUGUUUAAUUUCAGUUUCACUUUUACAAUAAUAGCAUUUUUAAAAUGGAUCAAUCAAAUUAUGAUUUAUGAUCUAAUUCUGAACUAAUGCAGUAAUGAUGAUGUAGGAUAAUUACUGUAUUUAUUUAAAUUCUACUUCAUCAUCUGACUUUGUCAUAAACAGUUAACCCAAAAACUGUUAUGAGGACUUUUCUGAUUUCAGUUUUGGUAAAAGACUUCAGGUAAAAAUGCUCCAGUGCCUUAAUCUCACCAGUUAUUACUAAAUGGUGUUCUAGCUAACACUAAGGCAGGUGUUCCCAAAUCUAUUUCUUACCUAUUUGUACUCUGUAUUACUGCUUUCUUGCUUUAUCUGCUCUUUAACUCGGGACACAUUUGUCAGUUAUUGGAUUUGUUGGAUUGUUUGUGUCAGAAUAAGGAACCAGUCACUUUGAAUUCCCUUUAGGAGUCUGGUGAGCUCUGUGUGCACUACUUCAAUAGUGCAGCUACCUGAACAUGUCCAGCGCUUCCUUAACAAGUGGAUUGUACACAGGGCUGGACUGGGACAAAAAAAAAAAAAC